AUGUCUACUGCCAAGAUCUUCCUCCUCGGUGCCACCGGCUACGUUGGCGGCUCCAUCCUCGCCCAGCUCCUCAAAAACAAGGACUACACCUUCACCGCCCUCGUCCGCGACCAAUCCCGUGCCGACAGGCUCAAGUCUGAGCUCGGUGUCGAGCCCGUGAUCGGAUCAUUCGAGGAUUUGGAGGUUUUGAAGAAGGCUGCGGAGGAGAGCGAUAUCGUCAUUAACGCUUGGUCGGAUGAUUUGCCUGCUACCAAAGCUUUGGUGGAGGGUUUGAAGAAGAGGGGAGGAAGGAGUGGGAAGCCGGCGUAUUUGAUUCAGGUUUCGGGGACGGGAGUGCUGUGUGAUCAUGUCAACGGAGAGAGUGAUGAGCAGGAGCCGUUUGAUGAUUAUGACAUCAAGCGCAUCCGCGCUCUCCCCGAUGAGCAGAUUCACAAGGAUGUCGACGAUUACCUCUUCUCCCAGAACGACCAGCCCGAUGUGUUGAGGACCAUCAUCACUUGCCCGCCUCUGAUCUACGGAAAGGGAUUGGGAAUCUUCAACGUCAGGUCGAAGCAGAUCCCGGUUAUCGCCCAGGCCACCAUCGCGACACGCAAGAACGGUACAGUCGGAAAGGGACUGAACAAGUGGGGAACCGUCCACGUCGACGACCUCGUCAAAUUCUUUGACCUCCUCGUCCGCGCCGCAAUAGACGGCAAAGCCUCCUACGGCGACGAAGGCUUCUACUUUGCCGAAUCGGGCGAGGAGUACCUCAAAGACAUGUCCCAACACGUCUUCGACGCCGUUGUCAAAAAGGCUGGAUGGGCUCUUGUCGACACCGUGCCUGUACAGACCCCGCUUACGGAUUCAGAGGUUGACAAGUACUAUGGUGGAGCAUUUGGAUACUGGAUCUUUGCGGGUAACUCCAGGAGUAGGGCGAAUCGCGCUAAGAAGGAGUUGGGGUGGAAGCCUGAGGCGCCGGAGUUGUGGGAGACGUUGGAUGAGGAGGUUGAGUAUUGGGUUGAGAAGUUGAAGAAUGAUGAGACGAAGGUUGAGCCUGGAGUUGAUGCUUAA